AUGUUAAUAAAUCGGAGAUAUACCAAAAUAUUUUAUAAGGGAUUAUAACAUACUCAUUAUGCAAUGUUAAUGUGUAGAGUGUAUGCUAUAUUCAAAUUUAUGAUGACUGCUGUGUUUACACUCACGAUCAACUGUGAAAGUUGUGAACUAACUAAUUGGAUGUUGGCAGUUCUUGUUCAUUCAUUAAUUGCCUAUAUUUAUCAUACAUAUAUGGGAAUACUCUUAAAUAACAUUGUAAUUAAGUUAAUAUAUAGAUCUAUUAGUAAAUUGUUAUGUAAAUAGCAGAAAGUCUAAACCAUAUGAUUUAACUUGAAGAAGGACAUGAUUAAUCAAAUGCAUUACAAGAAUCUCAAUAUAUUGUAAAUGAAGAUCUUGAUCCUUACCUUAACUUGACUGUAGAAGAGAUGGAAAGGAAAUAAAAAAUAUUAGCAGCUUAAAUUAGAUGUGAAGUUGCUCUUAAAUAUAAAUCAAUGAGAUUUCUAGGCAUCAUAACUUUUUGGACUACUUAGAUUUUAGUUAUUUGGGCUUUUAGAUUAUAAAUGUUCAAUCCUGAAGAUCCUCAACUUUAUCAUGCAUGUUUUAGUCAUGUAAUCACUUUCUAAUUAGUUUUUCUGUUCUUGACUGUUUAUUAAUAUUUAGAAGUCUAUAUGAUUAGUUUACUUAUUAUUAUUUGUUUACCAUUUUUGAUACCUGUUAUGCUCUGGCACAAAUUUAAACAAAAAAAAAAAAACUAUGAUAAUCAAAAAUCUUUGAAAGAACUUAAGAAAACAUGUAAAAUGCUUUAUCAAUCUGAAAAAAUUCAAGGAGAUCAUGAAUGUGGUAUUUGUAUGCAUGUUUAUGUCACUGAUGAAGAACUACUCAUACUUCCUUGCGAUCCAAAACAUCAUUUUCAUAUGUAAUGCAUCCAAACAUGGUUGCUAAUUAAUUCUACUUGUCCUAAAUGCAGAACAAGCUUUCUCAGAUUUAACUAGCAGUAAUAAUAAUGA